GUGGGACUGUGCGCCUAAAGAUUGCAUAUUAGGUGUUUGAAACCAACAAGACUGUAACCAACAAAUCCGAUUUUACAACUCCUUCCUUCCUUUCACACACAUUACAACUACUGUGUGUGAGAGAUAGAUAAUUCAUAAUUCAAUGGAGAGCAACGCAGAGUCGCCGCUUCUUACCUCAAAAGAUGGCCAACAGAACGCUCACUUCACCGGAGACGUCGAAGAUAUUCCUCCGAUCAACGGAAUCAACGAUUUCUUUGUCCAAUUUGGCGUCGAAUCAAAGAAGCUCUGGUACCUUGCUGGCCCUGCAAUUUUCACCACCGUCUGUCAAUACUCACUCGGUGCAGUUACACAAACCUUCGCCGGUCAUGUAGGAAUACUCGAUCUCGCAGCUGUCUCAAUCGAGAACUCAGUUAUUGCAGGUUUCUCUUUGGGAAUGAUGAUUGGAAUGGGGAGCGCAUUGGAGACUUUGUGCGGGCAAGCAUUUGGAGCAGGUCAGGUGGAUAUGUUAGGAAUAUAUAUGCAGAGAUCGUGGGUUAUCCUCUUCGUAACUGGUCUCAUUAUGAUGUUCCUCUACAUCUUUGCAACUCCUUUGCUCCUAUUGAUCGGACAAACAGAAGAUAUAUCUCACGCAGCAGGGAAGAUGGCGCUAUGGAUGAUUCUACAGCUAUUUGCGUACGCCUUCAACUACCCAAUCGCUAAGUUUCUUCAAGCUCAGAGUAAGAUAAUGGUGAUGGCUUACAUAUCUGCGGUGGCGUUGGUGCUACAUACGUUUUUUAGCUGGUUGUUGAUGUUGAAGUUGGGAUGGGGGUUAUGGGGAGGAGCUAUAGUGCUCAACCUUUCAUGGUGGUUCAUGGUGAUUGCUCAGAUGAUAUAUAUUUUCAGUGGGAAUUGUGGUCGAGCAUGGUUAGGGUUCAGUUGGGGCGCUUUUAGUAAUUUAUGGGCCUUCGUUAAACUUUCCUUUGCAUCAGCUAUCAUGCUUUCCUUGGAAACAUGCACAAACGUUGUUGGUUGGGCAGUUAUGGUAGCACUUGGAUUCAAUGCAGCUAUCAGUGUAAGGGUGUCGAAUGAGUUAGGUGCGGCCCAUCCAAGAGCUGCAACGUUAUCAGUUGUGGUGGUUGUUUUUUCUGCUUUUUUCAUCGGAGUUUUGUUGGCCAUGAUUCUGGCCAUUUUCCAGCAUCAAUAUCCAGCCUUAUUUUCUGAUAAUUUAAAAGUUCAACAAGCUGUUUAUGCUCUUACUCCAUUACUAGGGGCUUGCCUUAUCAUUAACAAUAUUCAACCCGCACUUUCCGGGGUAGCAAUCGGGGCAGGAUGGCAAGCAGUAAUCGCUUAUAUAAAUAUUGCAUGCUACUACAUAUUCGGCGUACCUUUGGGGCUCUCUCUGGGAUUUGUUGCCAAUUGGGGUGUAAAGGGUAUAUGGGUAGGCAUGUUGACUGGAACCGUGGUACAGACUUUGAUUUUAAUUUGGAUUUGCUACAGAACCAACUGGGAAAAGGAGGCAUUUUUGGCUGAAAGGAGAAUAAAAAAAUGGUCGGGUCAAAAAGAGGUGGAGGGAGAGCAAUAAAGUUCUUUUGUUUGAUGUUAGUUUGGAUUUGAAUAUUGUGCAAUUCCUCAUUUUCUUCAAAUCAUUUCACCAAAAUAGAAUCAAACUUGAUGACGGUUUUCAUAAAUCUUUUGUAAUAUCGUGUUUGGUUGGUGACGGAUGUUUAGGAUGUUAUUAGGAAUUUAAUAAA